GUCAUGAAAGCAGCAGAAGGUGUAGACAAAUCCGCUAAUUUCCUCACUGCGCAUGCGCAAGACGGUUGGAAACUGGUACAUAAACAAAAUUGGUAUUCCGCUGCAAAUUGCGAAAAUCGUGAUGGAAAGCGCCAAAGAUGUCGGCGUACAGAGUGAUCUUCCAGUAUUCUGGAGCCGAGAAGCGACGCUAGCUUUGUUGAACGCGUAUGAAGUACAGAGGGAUCGCUUAGGUAAAGACUUUCGUUUUAAGAACUACAUGUGGGUUGCAAUAUCCCUCGCACUGAAGAAUGAGAUGGGGAUGAACUUCACACCAGCCCAGUGCGAGAACAGGUGGAGAGUUCUUUUGCGCAGUUACAAGAGAGCGACAGACAAUAAUUUGAAGUUAUCGAGGAGAAGAAAGGACUUUGUGUACCAAGAUGCGAUGCAGAAAAUACUGAAGGGAGAAGACAUCAUCAGACCAAUGCCGCAGUCGGAUGAGACAGGUGUACUUGGUAGUGGUGAAAAAUCGAAUGUACAGGUAGGGAACAAUGGUAGUGAACCUGAGACAGUACCAAAUAAUGGUAACGAAUUAUUAAUUAAUAGUGGAAAAUCUAAUGCGAACAGUGAAGUGAUUAGUAGUGAACCUGAGCCAUCAGCAGGUAGUGGUAAACAAUUAUUCAUUAUCAGAGGAAACUCCAGUGUGAAUAGUGAUGGGAUUAGUAGUGAACCUGCGCCUUUAACAAGUAAAAAUUUCUUCAUUAUCAGUGCAAAACCCACUGUGAACAGCGAUGUGAUGUGUAGGCCUAGCGAAACCGAACCAUCACUAAAUAGUGGUAAACAGUUAUUCAUUAUCACUGGAAAACCCUGUGUGAACAAUGAAAGGAUUAGUGGUGAACCUGAGCCAGCACCAGGUAGUAAUAAACAAUUAUUCAUUAUCAGUGCAAAAACGAAUGGGAACAAUGACAGGAUUAACAGUGAACCUGAGCUACCACCAAGUAGUAGUAAACAAUUGUUACUCAUCAGUGGAAAAUCCAAUGGGAACAGUGAUGGGAUUAGUAGUAAACCUGAGCUGACACCAAGUAGUAGUAGUAAACAAGUGUUACUCAUCAGUGGAAAAUCCAAUGGGAACAGUGAUGGGAUUAGUAGUGAACCUGAGCUGACACCAAGUAGUAGUAGUAGUAGUAAACAAUUAUUACUUAUCAGUGGAAAAUCCAAUGUGAACAGUGAUAGGAGUAGUAAUAAACUUGAGCCACCACCAGGUAGUAACGAACCUGCACCAGCAGCAAGCAGUAGCAAACAGUUAUUUACUAAUCCUUCUGAAUCAUCAGUUAGUCCACCAGAAAAGAGAAGGAAGCUGAAACAGUCGUUCUUACAACAGAUAAGAGCUGACAGGAAACUUUACUAUGAGAAAAAACUGGAAGUAGACAGGGAGAGACUUGAAGGCUUAGAAAGGAGAAAUGAUGAGUUACUGCAGUUAAAGAAAAUGAAGCUUCAACAAGCAGAGAGAAUGAUUGCAUUUGAAGAAGAAAAGCUCAAAUGUGAAAAAGAAAAACUUGUAAUUUCUAGUGAAAAAUUAAAAAUGUUUCGUAGGUUAGUUCAGCUACAAGAAGAAAGCAAUGACAUUUUGAGAUCUAUUAAUGACCAAUUUGAUUUUUUACUAUAAGUGAUCGAGUCCCUUGUGUGACUAUUCACAUUUUCUUUUCUGAUAUUUAAGUUUCCUCCUGUGGGCCUCACCUUGAUGUGGUAGGAGGGCUCAGUACCCAGUGAUCAAGACGUUUGGUCCAGAGGGUCUACUUCACUAGCUUGAUGAAUAGGAAGAGGUGAGGGGAAGCCAAAAUGGACCUACAACACAUAGAGAAGGGUAGCAGUCUGGUGAGAGGGGGCAGGUUGGGCUGAGGAUGGUGGUCACCUGCCAUCCAUCGUAUGUGCAUUGACUGUGCCAGGCGUGGCUGUCCUUGUGUCAGCAAAAAUAUAGCAGUCGCGAGAUGGCAGCGAUAUUAAGAGCCCAGUUCUUCUUUAUGAUUAAACCAUGGUGUCCCAAUAUUCCAUUGAGGAACGAGGGAAGGGUGCUGCCUGGAUGAAGGUCUCUCAGUUCUGAAGCAUCGUACAAGAAAAAUUCAAGGCCUGGACCAAACAGAAUGCACCAUUGUGCCUGACAAUUGGUCGGAUCUGCGAGAAGUUUGUAAGGAGAGGGCCUGUUCAAGAGGAUUGCAAGAGAAACGGUGGUAGAAGGAAAGCUGUUUGAACUGAAGAGGAUAUCAUUCUUGUCCAGGGAGUGAUGGUAGCCAGCCCAACCAAGUCCUCGCCCCGACUUUCUCUAGAGACUAACAUUUCCCAAAGAUCAGUGGUUAGAAGUUUGCACCGUGAUUGUGCAGCAGCUCACAAAUGUGAAACAGCAAGCACAUGUGAGUGCUGCACAAAUUACCUUGGAAAUAAUGCAUCCCCCUCUGGGUUCAGGGGUUAGAAUAGUCCUGAGGUAUUCCUGCUUGUCAUAAGAGCUGACUAAAUGGAAUCUCCUAGUUUUCGGCCUUCAGUAUCAUGGUCCCCUUUAUGGUUUGAUCUCCACAAUUUCCAAAUUUUUCUGAAUAGAGGGCCAUUUGGGGAAGGACAUAUUACAUAGUGCUUCAUAUAUCCAUCAUUGGAGAGUCAUGUUUCUUCUGGGAGUACAGCUUCAAGCAGCAAGAUCUCAACAU